AUGACGACGUAUAGUCUUGCACUCGCUGACGUUGAAGCUCGAAAGAAGGCUGCGGGAUUUGCCACAGAAAUAAGUAAAAAUCUAGUCUAUCUGCGACAACAAUGCCAAAACAAUGGAGAUGCCAUAAUUAAGAGAUGGAAGAAGAAGAGUCGCAAUAAACGCGAGGGCCUCUUACGCGAUAUCGAUUCCAACUUGUAUCCGCAUCGGUGGCCUCUUGUACACCUGAAUGAAGCGUUUCAGGCUACAGUUCCUCCCGAUGACUGGAUCAGCGCAGACAUCACGCUAACUCUCGAUUACAAUAGCAAUAGUAUAAUUCUGGCGGGGUCGGCAUAUAGAACGCUGACGCAGUGGAAAAUUGAAGAAGCACAUAGAUGGACAUCUGUCGGGUUUCCAAGUGCUAUCCUCAUCCUCGAAGCACAAGCACAUCUUCUUUCAUUCCUUCGAUCCAUGGUUGGGCGAAUUCUUGGUUCCACAAUUGGAUCUUCUAUGGAAAGUCAAAUAAGCUCAUUCAAUGAAAUCUCCAAAUGUGGCCCAAUGACCUUGAUAGGACGAUUUGAUCACAUACCGGGAGCCGCUUCCUGUUAUUUGGGCCCGUCAUUCUCGGCGCCGCCAAUUUUACAUCAAUUUUCUGUUGAAUACCGCCAAGACAAGAGAAGCUCUCCAGGGUGA